AUGGACGAUUUCAAACAUAAACCGAUAAAUCUUGAAGAGGAUUCAUUUCGCAUCAUUCGUCUUUUCAAGGGCAAGAAUGAACCCAUUUCGUGCGAGUUGAUCCAUGCAAGACUUCAUGAUGUAAAAGAUUUAAUAGAGUAUGAAGCUCUAUCUUAUACAUGGGGAGAUACAUGUAAUCAACACAUCAUAAAAGUCGACGAGAAGGAGAUGUUAGUCACAGAAAACUUGUUCCUGGCGUUAUUACAUCUGCGGUAUGAAUACGAAGAUCGGAUCUUAUGGAUUGACGCAAUUUCUAUUGACCAAAACAACGUCAAAGAGCGAGGACAUCAGGUACGACAGAUGGGAUCUAUCUAUGGACAUGCUGAACGAGUUGUUAUCUGGUUGGGUCCAGCAACUCUUGCAACCGACGUGGUCAUGAGCUCAAUGCAACUACUGGCGAGGGAGGCAAACAAACACGCAUGCCGCCGAUGGGAAGUUUCAGAUAAGCGGUGGUACAAGCUUUGGUCAAUAGGACAACCAUUAUCGCCAGACAGCUUUCAUGAAGGCUUCAUAAUUCAACAACGUGAGGGUAUGGAUACCCUCUUAAGCCGACCAUGGUUCAAAAGAGUUUGGAUCAUACAGGAAGUCGCCAACGCACGAUCAGCCAAAGUGGUGUGUGGCACCAAAUCCAUCUCAACACACAUCUUCGCAAUCUAUCCGUCGUUGUUAGAUGUAGAACCAGAAUCACACUGCCAAGCUAUCCUGGAUAUAAUGCCAGGGCCUGCACGAAACUCCUCUUGGUGGAUCGAAAACCGAAGUCUUCAUACACUAUUGCUCAAGUUUCGUGGAAGCGAGGCGACUGAUCCAAGAGACAUCGUCUAUGCAUUGAUUGGCAUGUCGUCAGAUGGAUCCAGUACUGACAAACUGGUACCGGACUACGACAAGUCUAUGGAGGAAGUUGUUCGCGACACUGUUGCGUUCCUA